GUUCUGAGCGGUAUAAAACCCAAACAUUAUUCUUGCAUUACCCCCGACCUAGUCGCUGUUCGUAUCUGACUUCAUAUAAAAUGAUCGUCCCAAAGGCUCUUCUAACGUCAGGCAUCAUCUUUCCAUUAUACAUCUUUCCUUCAGCUCCACCAUCAUGCUCCUCCUGGGCCCCUCUCGUUAACUCUAUCGCACAGAACCCUAACAUCCCUUUCUACCCCAUCAUCAAUCCGGCCAGCGGUCCCGGCCCUCUACCCGUCGACCCAAGUUACCAGGCUUGCAUCGCUAGACUGAAAGCCCCCAAUGUCGCUGUUCUGGGCUACGUCGCUACUUGGUUUGGCGAUACGACUAAAUCUAGCGGUGUUGUCGCGGACGUGAAUACGUAUGCUGGAUGGGCCAGUGCUUAUAGGCCCGAUGGAAUAUUUUUCGAUCAGGCUUCAUCUUCUGCGGGGGACGUAUCAUUGUAUAGUCAAUAUACGAGCCUUGCGGCACAGUCAUUUGGAGGUGGAGCCGGUGUGACCACUGUUCUCAAUCAUGGUACAACCCCGGCUGCUGCGUUCUACAACAUCGCCGACCUGCUCGUAACAGCCGAGAACUUCUUCACAUUAUUCAACCCUUCGUCUCUCGUCAUUGGACCAACGACUCCAGCGUCCAAGCAAGCUGUGAUUCUUACCGAUGCUCCUGCUAGCCCUCCGACCGGCUUGAUCAAUACGUUGGUGCACACAGAUCAUAUUCGUGCGUUGUACAUCACGGAUGAUUCCCAGGCAAAUGGCCUCAAUCCCUACGAUUCUUUCCCGACCCAAUGGGCAGCAUUUGUUCAAGCCAUCGUGAAUGCAGAAUGAUACGAAACGAUUGGCACAGAGGGAGAAGUGAAGUGAUUGGAGGAAGAAAGGCAAUCUGGUCUUUCAAUAUCGUCAACAUAAUCAUUCUGUAGAUGCGGAAAGCAGGAUGAUACAGGAAAAAAAGGAGGGAAAUCAUCAAAAGAAACGAAGCAGUAGUAGAAAUACAUGUC